AUUAGAGAGCAGAGCUAGGGAGCAGCGUUCCCUCACAAAGAGGGAACUGAGCUCUAACAGACAGGCAGGCAAGAAGACAGGCAGAGAGCAUAGACAGACAGGCUUGUACAGAGUCAACAAACUGACACAGGACAGACAGGCUUGUUUACAGAGGCAGCCUGGAUAGAGAAGAGAAGGUGGGAGGAAAACCAUCACCUGAGCGACGGAGAGAGACUGAGCCUUAGAGUGCACCGACUGCAUCCAGAGAUGUAGGAGCUGCCACAAACCGUGCACCUCCCCCGUCGCCUUCUCUGCUCCAUGACUCGGGAACUGUGAGCUUGUGUGAGACACAUCUGCUGUGUGCGUGUCUGUGAGCCUUCCACUGCCUGCGUGUAUCUGUGUGAGCUGUGGCGUUGGCUGGCGUGACCUAGGAGAGAGAGGGAAAACAGACGAGAGAAGCCACCUCUGCACAGGGGUAUGAUCUUUUGAUCCCGUUGCUUUACAUACACGCACACAUUAAAAAACACCUCAGUUCUGGUGGAGUCUGAUGUGAUCUGGCCAGUCUCUGCUGCCCAGUAGGAGGGCAAGUAGGCAUACAACAGGGGACUCUGUUACAGCCAAAGAGAGAAGACCGAGAGGAAAAGAUAGAAAAAAACACCGGUGAAUGAGUUCUAGAAAGAGCCUGCCCUCUUCAGUGAAACUCAACCCCAUGCUCCUCCAUCCUCUCAGGGGAUGGCCAAGGUCCAGGAUGGACACACAAAGACAUGUGACAGCUCUGCGAUGUUAGAAGAGAGCCAGGAUGGUAGGGACAGUGGUAGUCUGACUCCUGGCUCAGCUCGACAGGUGUGUAUCCAACGUCACCCUAACCAAGGCUUUGGCUUCAUCGCAGGCAGCCAGCGGCCAGUGAUCGUGCGCUCCGUCUCUGCAGACGGCCCCUCCAUUGGUAAGCUCCUCCCAGGUGACCAAAUCCUAGCCAUCAACGAUGAGGUGGUGAGCGAGGCGCCCCGGGAGAGAGUCAUUGACCUUGUAAGAUGCUGUAAAGACUCUAUUGUUCUGAUUGUGUUGCAGCCCCAUCAGUCACCUAAGUCUGCCUUUAUAAGUGCAGCCAAGAAGGCCCGCUUGAGAACCAACCCGCCUAAAGUGCGCUUUUCUGAGCAAGUGUCCAUCAGCGACCCAGACUCAACAAUGCUUAAGGACGACUCAUUGCUCCUCAUACCAAAUGUGUUGAAGGUGUUUCUGGAGAAUGGACAGAUUAAGUCCUUCACAUUUGACAGCAGGACCACCGUCAGGGAUGUGAUCUCAUCUUUACAGGACCGUCUCACUCUGCGCUACAUUGAGCACUUUGCCCUGGUCCUGGAGUCUGGGGGGCUGGACCAGAACCAGAGACUACACCUGCUUCUGGAGAACCAGCCUUUAUCACAUGUGGUACACAGAACAUACUUCCAGGGGAUGAAGUGCCUGUUCAGGAUUUGUUUCUUCCCCAAGGACCCUGCAGACCUGCUGAGGAGAGAUCCUGCUGCCUUUGAGUACCUCUACAUACAGAGUCGCAAUGAUGUCAUCAAAGAACGCUUUGGAAUGGACUGGAAGUCUGACAUCACACUACGUCUGGCGGCACUGCAUAUCUACAUCACUGUUUCCUCUGCUAGGCCUAAUCAGAAGAUCUCUCUCAAGCACGUUGAGAAAGAGUGGGGCCUUGAGCCUUUUCUCCCUCUCACUCUGCUGCCAACAGUCAAGGAGAAAAAUGUGUGUAAGACACUGUCCCAGCUUCUCAAGACCUACCAACACCCACCUCCCUCUGGCAACAAGGUGCCUCCACUCCAGGGGAAGCUGCAGUACAUGCGUGUGCUCAACGACCUUCCCCCUUUUGGAGGACUGCUUUUCUACACUGUUGGCCUGGAUGAGAAGCAGUCAGCUACAACACUGUUGGUGGGUCCGAGACAUGGCAUCAGUCAUGUGAUAGAUCUGAAGAACAACCUGACCACAGUUCUGACCGAGUUCAGCCGGGUCACUAAGGUCCAGUUGUACCGGGAGAACCAGGGAGUAGCUCGGGUUGAGGUAGCCAUCCACGAGGCCAAGCCCCUUGUUCUGCUUAUGGAGUGGCCUGAUGCCAGUAACUUUGCCUGCCUCAUUUCUGGAUACUACAAGCUGUUUGUUGACCCCAAAAAGACCAUCUACUUCAGGACACCUGGUCAGUCUUACAUGAUCAAGGCAGAUUACAGAAGCUCCCACCAUGCCCACCCUCGCUCUGGAGCAUUGUCUGGCUCCUCAUCCAGUGGCGGUCGGCGCCCGGAGGAGCGGGAUCACAGAGAUGCAGGGGGGUCGCAGAGAGUUGUGGCCCCUGUGGAGCCCCAACACCUUGGCCUCUGCCACAUCCAUCUGCGAGAGCAUCAGCAGCUCCAACAGCUGCAGACACAGACCGAGACCGAACUUGACAUCAACCAGAACCUAAUUUCCCAAAAUCCUCCUCCUCUACCAGGACGGCCACGAACCAAGUCAGAUCCGACCCUUAAGAGUACAGAGGCUAUUGCAGAAGGUCCAGAGAGUCCCACAGUGGAGAAUGUUGGAUUCAGAACCCGGGCUCACACGCUUAGCCAAUCCCAGAAGGCAACACGAUUCUUCUGUGACUCCUGCAAGGCACGGUUGAAGGUGGAGGACAUGACCAUGAUCGGUAGUGGUGGCUCGAGGAAGCACUGCUCCAGCACCUGUGCUUCCCGUGAUGGGGGGGGGGCUGUAGACCUAAUGGCUUUACCGCCCCCUGGCGGAAACGAGGCAGAGGAUGAGGAGGAGGCAAAUGAUGAGGUGGAGAAGCUACAGCCUCCAACACCUGGCAUCGCGGCCCCGCCUCCUGGCUUUAGAGACAACAGUUCGGAUGAGGAUGACGCCAAACGAGGCAAAAAGAUUGGAAUUGCCUCUACUAACAGCCCAUCUGUGGCCGCCACUGGCCAAGUGGCACAGGGGGCACAGAUGGCACAGAUCUCACAGAUGCAACGAGCCUGCAACCAGCCACAGCAGGACGUGCCGGUGACAUUGAUAGACAACGUGACAACCAGGACAGUCCGAGACCACGCUCAGGAGCUGGAUGAUGCUCUUGUGUCCACCCUGCAGGCUCUGGAAGCCCUUGCUGCCUCGGAGGACUAUCCUCACCACCAUCAACAGCCCACCCAGACCGCAGGUCUCAUUGUGUUGGCAGCCAUCACACCUGAGUCAUCACUGGACUCUGGCCACGAGACCAACUCAUCCGAGCUGACGGAUGUAUCAGAGAUGGUGUCAGCUAUGAAGCAGCAUCAGAAUCAGGCCUACUUGCUGGCCCACCACAUCAACAAGGAGCGCGUCUUCUCAAGGCGAGACUUCCCUCUUGCAAUCCCCAGCUGCACCACCCAAACACUAGGAGGCGGUGCUUUCUCCAUGGGACAGAUCCGCGCUGGCUGCCCCGCUAAAGAGGUUAUCCUCAGAAAAACGGUUCCCCUGAAGACCAGCCUUGAGCAGGAAACAGCCACGGCCCAGGGUAAUCUGGCAUCAGACCAGGAGGGUCUCAAAACAAGUCCAGAACCAGCAUCAGGCAUGCAGAAGACAGAUCAGAAAGCCAAGCCAGAGCCCAGCAAAGUCAGCAGCCCUAACCCUCCUAUUAAGUUACUUGUGGAGCUGAAGGCAUCAGACCCAGCCAAGGCUCAGACCCUCCCAGUAAGUAAAAAGCAGAAGUUGUCAUUUUCUGCAGGGGGGAAACUGAGCCUAAAUCUCUCUGCUGUAGGAGCCAGGGGAAAAACAGUGUCACCUCCUGGCCCUGAUCCCACCAGCAAAGCCUUACCUAUCAUCCUGUCUGUGGACAGAACAUCCUCUGCCAAGAUUUGCCCCACAAACAUGUGCCAAGAUGCCGAAUCUGCCUCUAAUGAGACCACAAAGCCUCCCAGCUCCAAAGACCUACUUCAAGUCGAAGACCUGUUCUGCACAUGCCCUGUGCUUGCGGAGCCGGGUUCCCAACUACGAUUAAAGGAACCUCAGACCCAGAAAGUGAUCUUGUUUCAUUCAUCUUCCCCCACUGAUGAUGAGUGUCUAAGAGCCAAGGGGUUGCCACUGGCUGGCAGUAAAGAGAACGCAGUGAGAGCAGAUAUAAUUGACCCCACUCUGGCUAAUGCCAGCCCUCAAGUCCAAACCAAGCACUCCCCCCACUUGUCUCAGAAAACAGAUAAAAAGGAAGCAGCAGACAACAAGGCAGAAAGCUCUCAGAAUAAAGCUCCCACCGAGCAGCAGAAAUGCACUCCCAAGUCAUUACCCCUCCUGGUGGAUCCCAUCCAUGCCAGCCAUUCAGUAGAUAAGGUGUCCACCCUCCCCGCCGCUGACACUAAGAAGCAAGAUGGGGGUAAGGGAAAAGCCCAGCGUAGUGCCCCGUUCCUAAGCUUUAGGAAUUUGCUUUCGGCUACCUUCCCAGCAAGGAUGCGAAGGGAGACAGAUGAACGGCGGGCCCAGCUUCAGAAGGUUCGGCAAUAUGAGCUGGAGUUCCUUGAGGAGCUGCUAAAGCCAAAGUCUUCCCAAGGAGAGUAUUUGCCCCAGGGCUCAUCUCCAGUCGCCUCUGGGAUCCCUUGCGCAUGCCAGCUCCGCACAAGUCCUGUCCUGAAGGCCCCUGGCAUCUCUAGGGAGCAGCGACGCAGCUGUGAUUGUAAAAGGUUGUGUCGAGGCAUGCGCCUCCCUGACACACCAGUAGGCUCCACUGCAGAACCUCAGCAGCACCGGGGCAGAGAGAGGAACAACUCCAAAAUUCCACCAGCUGUCACCAAAUCCCCUGACAUCCUUGGCACCUCGAGGAAACCCCAGACCCUAGAGAUCAAGACCACUCGCAUCCGCUCCACCAGCCUUGAGUCCAGGGAGCUUCGAGGGGAGCAGGCCUCUUGUCUGCCGACAUGCUCUUCUCGCUCAGAGUGCAUAGGAGCCCCCCAGUACACAAAGCUCAAGAGGAGAUAUAGCAUUGGAGAAGUUGAAAACAGUGACAGCAUGCCACUUUAUGCAGAGGUGAAACCCAAAAUCAAAAGCCUGGAGAAAGAGAUGGAGAGAGUUAGGGCCAUGGGAGGAUUGAGGCUUCCUACUCCUGUACAACCAGUCCACACUCAGUCCCAGCAGGUAGAUUGUAAGGGAAAGAAGGGGGUGUUCUUCAUACAAGGAGAAGAGAUGCUGAGGGAGAGAGAAGGAGAGGGGGGCACGGAGGUGCUUCUGAACAUACCAUGCGAGGACAACGAUGAUCGGGAGAAAUGCUGUUCCUUCUGCUUCUGCUACAGGAAGUGUGAAGCGGCAGAUGAGAGCAGUGAGAAGGAUGAGCUGUCCUACUCCAUCCCUCUUAAGGUACUGCCAGGCAUGCAGAUGGACUCUGACACCCUGCCUGUGGUAAGCAAGACCUUGCAAGUGCUUAAUGCAGAGGAUUGCAGUGGGGAUGAGGCAGAAGAGGAGGAGGAGGAGGAAGAGCCCCAGACUCAGGAGAUAGACCUGAGGGCUUGUGGAACACUGGAGAGUAGCUUGGCAAGGGUGGAGGCACUGCAGGGGAAGAACUUCACCCUGCCCGAUGGCUUCCUCAAUGCCCAGCUGGACGCAAACGAGCUGCUCUCCAUCCUACGCCAGUGCGCCAACAGCCCCCAAGUGGAAGUGGACAACCGCAUCCAGCCAUCUCGUAUUGGCGAGUACAAGCAAGAGCUGGCAGUACGCUUCAAGGAGUUCCGGGCAUCGUGCCGUCGUGUGGCAAGCGUGGAGAAGAGCCCCUCGAGGAUGCUGAACGCUGUUACUGCUAGUUUCCAAGUCCUGUGUGACCUCACCCAGACCUUUAUAAAAUUGGUGGGAGGGUUGCGCUCUGAGGCGCAGCGGCUGCAGCUGCUCCGGAAAGUGGAGGAGGUGGCCAUAAACUACACUCUACUCUUACGUGCAGCAGAGGAGUCCAUGGGAACUUCUAGCAGCCUGCCCACCAAGAGCGUCAGCCCUCAAGUCCGUAUGUCUACCACAAAUAUGAGCUCUCUAACCCGCCCAAUUAAAACCUUGCUCAUCCAGUAAAUACCUUAACCGUAGGGGUUGGUAGUUAGUAACAGCUAUAAUAGGUUGCAGUAUAGGGUAAGCCAAGACAGGUGCUCACAUAAUCAAUAACGUAUUUAUUGUUUACAUUUUUUAUGGGAAGUGCAAUGAUCUAUCUACAGAAAAUAUUGCAAUGCAACUGCUCCAUUCCAUGUUUACAAGGGAUGUGGCAACCUUGUAGUGGAUAUUUAGGGAGCUUAUGGACCAGUAUUAUCACCAUAGCAUAAAAAUGGUGAGACAGCGAAACGUAAGGAGCAGUGGAUGCCAGAACAUUGACUUUCAUAAGGCUUCGUCAUUUUUAGUAUGUACUGUACCAUUAUGUUUUAUCUUUUUGAGAAAUAGUAUACAGUUUGUGGAAACUCACAGGGUGAGAGUAAUAUUUGGAAUAUAUAUUGAUGAGAAAGAGUAUAUCUAUACUUACUGUCAGACAUAAAUGAUGAUGUGCUAAAAUCUACUAUGAGAAAAACAUUAAGCAGCAAAUAUGUUAAUUAGGUACUUCAGUGGGUUAGUAGGUCAUGUGUUUGCUAGUUAGGUAACAAUUUAUACUAUUGUGACACUAAAUGGAGAUCUCCUUGGUCAGGGGCACAGGUUUCAUUGUAUGUGAAAACGUUUUUCAAAUCUGUCCCCCUCACUUUUUUAAAGAAAAUUAUAUUUUACGGCCACAUCCUCAGUUCUUAAAAAAAGCUGUCCCACCCACGUUUGAAAACAAACCUACGCCCUUGGUGUAUGGCGAACUGAAAGUAUUGUACUGUAUUUUACAAUGUUGAAAGUGCAAUAUAGAAAAUCCACAAAUCACAGUCACAGAAGACCAUGCCAAUCCCAUUCAUGUGUAGAUGAGACAUGAAAUGAGUACAGUUGGUAUUGACACUUGCUCACUGUGGAAUAUGUAGCAGAACAUCCAACUCACUGGCCACUUAAAUUCUAAUUAAUUCUUGCCUUUUGCCUUGGCUUUUAAACUAGAGGAUUUUAAAGGAUUUUACACAGAAACACAAACACACACAUUGGUGGACUACACUUUGCUUAGCAUCGCACUCAGUGUAAAUAAUUACACUUAAAAAUCAAACCUUUGCACAACCUCGCUGUACAAUAAAUAAAUAAAAAUGUAAAAAAACACGCAUCCCCAUUUUUUUUAGCCCAAAGCUUUUUCUUAUUGACAGUCUGAACUGGUGGAAAUGGUUUUAUAUUCCAUUAUGUUGCAUAUAGGUUACUGCUGCUGAUAAUUUACCUGAGACUCCAUGGCUAGAGGGGUUCCUCGCUAUCAUGUCAUAAAACCUUGUUUCAUAAAUUUGGGUUUUAGAAUCAGAAAUAUCUAUAUUUAUACAGCAUAUACAGUUCUGGAAAGAAUUGGGAGCCAACUGCACCUUUCCAAAAACAUUGAGAAGGACAAUUUUGUGUGAGGAACAGAAGGGUUCAAUUUAAGAGGCCACUGCAAGUUUGACCCUUUUGUUCCUCACUCAAAACUUUCCUUAUCUAAUUAUUUGGAAAGGAAAGAAAAAGGUGCAGUGGUUUCUUAAUUCUUUCCAGAGCUGUAUAUAUGUAUACUCAUGGCCGCGAGAACUAGGGGUGCUGAGGUUGCUGCAGCACCCCCUGCUGACAGCACGAGAAUAAAAAAUGAUACGACUUGAAAAUCCAUCACCGCGACACCUCCCCGCAACAUUAAGCCCCCCCAGCACCCCGCUGAUAAAAUAUGUUCCCGCGGCUAUGCGUAUACAGUAUAUCUAAGUAUAAUAAAAUUGCUUUCUAUAUGUGCUGUUAUUCAAUGUGCAAUUAAGGAGAUAUGAAAGAAACACCCUCACAGAAACCCACAAAGUAGUUUUCUAUGUAUUUUAAUAAAGCUAGCACGUGUGCUUAUAGUCUCAUUAAUUCUUUUUGUCUCAUCAUUUUUUCAUCAUGAUUCAUUCAAAAUUAUGAAACAGUUAGAUCAGUCCUCAAGUUAAUGACCAGCUCCUUUACACAUCUGUAAACCCCUUUCUGAUCAUUAUUACAUUUUCUGCAAAAUGUUUAUCCUUUUGUUGUAUAGUUCUACCACUUAUGUCGUUGCUAGCUGUCUCCCUUCUGCCUGGACUUACAGUGAAAGACACAGACUUACCAAGCUACCCUCAGUGGGAGUGAAAUAUACAGAAUAAAUUCCUAAAAGUGAGAAGGAACCUUGCCCCUUUAACUACUCACGUAAGAGAGAAUUCUCAUAUUUUGCAAUGGCGACUCCU